AUGAAGAUGUGGAGCGAGGGGGACGUGGACGAGCAGAUCCAGGAGCUGAAGACCAUCACGCAGCUCCAGGAGCAAUGCCGGGCGCUGCAGAUCCAGGCCAUGAAGGAGAAGACGGUCAAGAACAAGGCCACGGUGGCGCUCCUGCGCAGCAACAUCCGCCGGAGGACCCAAGAGUGGACGCUGGCCAACAAUUACGACAAGCAGUCCAUCUCCAGGGCCUGCGGGAACGACGUGCCCAUGAGGCUGGCGCACUGCCGCAGCUCCAUGGAGGUGGCGCGGGAGAAGCUGCGCAAGUACGUCUUCGACCGCGUGAACGUGCACAACGUGCUGAUCCACCUGGUGCGGCGGCGCGGGCAGCAGCUGGAGGGCCUGCAGCUGCAGCUGGAGGGCCUGCAGCACCAGCCGCUGGCCACCAAGGAGGAGCUGCGCCUGCUGCAGGUCAUCCGCCAGCUGGAGAACAACAUCGAAAAGACCAUCAUCAAGAUCACCACGAGCCAGAACAUCCAGCUGCUGUACCAGAACCUGCUGGAUUACCUGAAGAAAGAGCUGUCAGGAUACCCCACCGAGCUGGACAAGCUGCAGAACCUCGUGGUUGACUACUGCUCAGAGCUGACGGACAUGACGGUCAUGUCCCAGGACGCCAUGAUGAUUACGGAUGAGGUCAAGAUGAACUUGAGGCAGAAGGAGGCGACCUUCAUCGAGGAGCGCCGGGCCCGGGAGAACAGGCUGAACCAGCAGAAGAAGCUGAUCGACAAGAUCCACACCAAGGAGACCAGCGAGAAGUACCGCCGGGGCCGGAGGGACUUGGACUUCCCCACAAACCUGGUGGGCUCGGAGAGCAAAGUGAGGAAAAAAGAGACCUCUCAGUCCGACAUGGAAUACCAGACGAAUCUGACCGCGUUGGUGGAGAAAAUCAAGUCCGCUGUGCGGUGCUCCCACCUCUGGGACAUCACAGGCCAGUUCCUGGCUCAGAGGAACACGGAGGAUAACCUGAAGCUGCAGAUGAAGGAGUGUGAGGAGAGGCGCAGUCAGCUGGGGGCCUUGAUGAAGAACCUGGAGAUGGAUGAGGCGCUGCUCAAGUUCCACCAGUCCACCAGCUCCGGCAGCUUUGAGUCCGCCCAGAACAAAAUGAAGGACCUGCUGAAGGAGGAGGAGUACAGGCUGCACCUGGCCCACAGCAACAUGACCAAGAGCCAGAAGCUGCUGCUCACCCUCCAGAUGGGCAUCGACAGCCUGUAUCUCCGGCUGGUGGGCAUCGCCCUGCCGCCCGCCCAGAAGAUGGCCACGCCCGACACCCUGGAUGGCCUGGACUUGCACAGCAAGCUGGCAUACUGCGAGAGUACGCUCCUGUACCUGGUGGACAAGCUGCAGAUCCUGUCCACCACGGAGGAGAGCAACAUAAAGGUGAGGGACAUGCUGGAAUCCUCGACUCUGAAGGAGAAGCAGAACACCAGGAUCACCUUUGAGGAGCUGGAGGACGACAUGAUAGAAUCCUUCCACUUCGCCGACGUGGACCACAGCUACGUCCCUUCGCGCGCCGAGAUCAAGAAGCAGUCCCAGCGCGUGAUCGAGGAGAAGUUCAAGACGGCCAAGAAGAAGAAGAAGUGA